ACACAAUCCACUCACCUCGGCAAGGGACCUUGACGGCUACAAUACUUGUAUACUCGAUAUCUUUUCGAAAUCGAGCUAGCCUCGUGUCGACAUCAUCACAAAAUGUCGGGAUUCGAAAUCCUUGGACUCAUUGCGGCCAUCAUUUCCAUCGCGGAGACGACCGCCGCGGUCUACGAAGCCAUCAAAGACCUGCAUGGUCUCCCCGAAGCGUUUAAGGAAGUGAAUCAAAGACUUCCGCUCGUCGAACAGACACUGCUAGAUGCGAAGACUCAAACCAAGAACGUCAAGGGUGACGAAGCAAAGGCCCUGGAGAGUCUCUUGACCGGUAGCAAGAGUAAGGCCGAGCAACUAUUAGGCAUUUUCAAGAAGAUCGCCAAAUCAGCGGACUCAUCGGUGGUAACCGUAUAUAAGAUCGCUGUUCUCAAAAUCGGCAAGAAGGGACGCGUUGAGACACUGAUGCAGGACAUCCUGAAGGACCUGCAGAUCAUGACAACGUAUCAGGUAUUCAAGACGGCGGUUGAGCAACACGUGGACCCUUUGAAAGUAGCCGAAGAAGAUCUAGCGAAGACAGCAGAGCAGAAUCCGUCCCUCCCGGAUUCCGAAUUCGACGAGAAGCCUUCGACUGGCAUGAAUCACUUUGGGCAAGGCGAUCAGUAUGCUGCCUUUGGGUCCAGCAAGCUGAACCAUAUUUCGGGCGAUAAUUACAAGGCUGGUGGAGACAUGAACUUUGGUACGCGCCCGAAGCACAGGAGUUCUCGGAAAGCAAAGCCCGGGAAGAACGAGGAGUCUUCCGACGAGGACUAGGAUUCGAAUAUGUCACUGUCGAAGUUCCAGACAUGGCUGACCACCAACGUAUUAGGGGAUUACUAUAUCGAAAUUUAUGCUCCAAGUUCGUGUAAUUUUCCAAAUAUGAAUUGAUAAACUCUG